CCCGCCCCGUGCCGCAGCGCGCACCGUACUGACGCGCGAACUUUGAAAAUUCAAAAGCGAACACUCGAAUUUUCAAAAAUCGAACCUUGUGUUUUUAAUAAAACAGUGAAUCUCUGUGUUGUGUGGUUGUAUCAGUGAUCCUCGAUUGCCAGUAUCACCGUUUUUCGGAGCAACUUUCACUUCGGAGUUUUUGCAAGUGCCUAGGCCCGUUUGAGGCGGUGUCGGGUAGCGAGAUGGUGUCUCGGAGGCGCAUAUUGUCACGAUCGCGUGACGAUCUCACUCUAACCAAUCAAAUAGAGGAAGAAGAAGACGUCUGGUAUCAAAAAGACAAACUUUAUAAGGAACACAUACAAGAAGUACUAGACAAAUGGACGCAAAUAGACGACGAAAUAUGGGCCAAAGUGAUCGUCUUCGAAAAAAAUCGACGCGUCGCGAAAGCGUAUGCGCGGGCGCCGGUACUCACAAUCAACGGGUCCGACGACGGAUUUGACGGCAUGAGAAUUGGCCUUUGCGGAUUCGACAACCCACACAGAGAUCAAAAGACAGAAGAAUUAAAAAGACAUAUAGGACAGGGUGUCAAAAUAAAAAUGGACGACGCCGGGAACAUACUCAUCAGACGCUACUCCAAGAGUAGCGUGUUCGUGAAGAGUACAGCGGCCACCAGCAACGAGGAGACGGCUAUCGGGCAGGACGUCAUGAAGCUACCCGGCUAUGCUCUGGAACAGGAAAAAAUAUUUAAGUUGUUCGAUAUGAAGAAAUUCCAGUCAAACGUGAACCGUGAGCUCCGGCGCGCGUACCCUGACCGCAGAAGGCUGGAAACCCAGUGUCUCAGCGCGGUGGCCUUCGUCAAGUCAGACAGUGAUCUGCUGGAGUGCCCCAUCUGGGUGCUAGUCAUCAAUGUAGUCGCAAUGGAUAUGCUCAAAUCGAAAUUGCCUCCAGUUCAAAGACCUAUGGACAUCAAGAACAGACCGCGUAUUCCAAUCCCUGAUGAGGACCCGUACAGCAUCGCGAGUUCGAAUGCCAACGGCUCUGGUUCCUCGGGAAGCUCAGGAGGCUAUGGACACAACGGUCAUGGUGUGGUAGCUGCCACCAGAGAACAGCUGAUGAUGCAAAUGGGUCAGAGAAGAGGAGACAAACCGCCAAAACUACCGCCGAGGGAAAAUGGAUACGGGCCUGCUGAUAUUCCUAAGCCGGACUAUGAUGACAUAGAAGUGAACGAGCGCGUCCCAACACAGUUCCCGAGGGGAAAGUCGGACAAGGGCAAGGACAACAAGAAAUAUGAUGACCCCUACUACUGCGGUCUAAGAGCGCGCGUCCCGAACUUCGUAAAGACCAACGGAGCCAAAGUCCUGCCGACGAUGGCAGAGCGGCUCACUCUGAAAGAGGCACCAGUCCCCAGCAAGCGAUACAGCGUGGCCCACGCCCACCCUGGCCCCUUCCCUCCCCACAUGGUGGGCCCAUUCGCCCACCCACCAAUGCCCCCAGCUGCACUAUGGCACGCACGCUCCUACGAAAGCGGAAUCGAUGGCGACCCAUACGACCCUUACGCGUUGUAUGGCAGACUUCCCAUGCCUGGGCGCGGAUUCCCACCACCACCAGCGGCCAAUGCACGCCACAUGUUCAUCGGAGAUUGGGACUAAAUUCCCAGUCACAAUUUUUCCCACUUACUAUACUGUCACAUCACUAGAGUCGUGGUUAAGGCGACGCGGCUCGCCUGUGAUCUCUUAAAGCGAUUAGGAUGCAAUUCAC